AUGCCUAGUUCAGCUGAUAAUACAACAAUUAUUAUUAUUACUACUACAACUUCAUUAAUACGUGUAAUAUCAAAUUUUGAAAAAUAUGGACCUAUUAUUUUUUUAGCUAUUAUAUUAUUACUGUUUAUCAUUGCUUCUAUAAUUGGUAGUAGGAGAAUGCAACAACAAAAUGCUUCAUAUGAACAUUCUCACUUUGAUGAGAAAAAAACUAUUGACAAUGAAAAUUUUACCGCUCAAGGUAUUGUGAUUACAGAUGGAGAGACAGGAAUUUCAAGAACUAUAUAA